AUGUGCUACCACAACUAUUCGCAGCAUAAUGGUUGCGGCCACAUUGGCGAAUCGCAUACGCUUCCAUGGACGCUGUGCGACACGGCGAUUCAGAAUCUGAACGCGCUCCGAGGGCCCAACUCUCCACCAAUCUCCUCGCCCACAGCAAACUAUGCAUCACCACCAAAGCGCAGCUCAUCCACGCGACGCUUCUUUUCGCUGAGCGGACAGCUUUCGCGGUCUUCCACUAAUGCGUCGACGAAUUCGCGCCGCGCCGUUUCGGGCCCGUCAGGCACGACAACGCCCCGAACUUCAGACUCAAGCUCGGGGUCCUACAACUAUACCAUGACGCUGGACUACAGCACCUUGCCAGACCAUCAGCUCGCAGCUGUGAAAUGUGCAAACCCUAUUAAGCGCACGCAUGUUAGUAGGGACAUGGUGGUCUGCAAAGAUUGCGCACGCGAGAUAGGCCAUAUGCGCAACAUGAUUCAGCGAUACGACAAGACCGGUAGCAUACGCGGCACCGCCGCGUUUGAGAAGUUCUUGAAGUGGGAGGGAGAAGGCGGAGGAGAAAGGGAGGGCGACUUGACCGUGCCAGUGGACGAUGACAACGAUGGUGGGUCCUUUGGGGCUAGGCAAGCUAUUAUCAUGGGCCAUCCAGAGAGUGUCAUGAACGCUGAGGGGCCGAGGGGCUUGGGGACGCUCGAACGAGAGGGAGGAUAUGACUAUCGGUAUUGA